ACCAGUUGUCUUCUGCACGUGGUGGGGUUCAGCAAGGUUGAUUCUUCCCUGGCUACUUUCAACAAAUAGGCAAAAUGUUUCAGGCAUUUUUACUGGCUGUUUUAGCCAACUUGACCAUGGCCCACCAAGACAGCCUCAGUCUUAUACAUCUGGUGUUCAGGCAUGGGGAGAGGACACCUGCCAGUACAUAUCCAAAUGACCCUUACAUAAAUGACACAUUCAGUCCUUAUGGCUGGGGACAGUUGACAAAUGAAGGGAAGAUGCAUCAAUACAAGUUGGGACAAUGGUUGAGAAAAAGAUACGGACAUUUCCUUGGAGACCAAUUCAACUCUGACCAAGUGUUUGCUAUGUCCACUGAUGUUGACCGGACCAAAGCAAGCUGCCAGUACAUGUUUGCUGGCUUAUUUCCACCUAAAGGUCCUCAAAUUUGGAACAAGAAUUUGCUAUGGCAAGCAGUACCUCUGAACUACCAACACCUUAAACAAGAUCGGUUGCUCCUAGUGCGUGGAUGCCCGAAGUAUUCUGAGUCACUUGAAGAAGCAUUGAAAAACAAGACGAUUCAAGACAAAAUUAAAUCUUAUGAACAAUUGUACACUUAUUUAACAAAUCACACCGGUGUCACUGUUAAGACUCCUUGGGAUGUUGAAGACAUUUACAGCACAUUGAAAGCAGAAGAAGGUUUGAACUAUAAACUUCCUGAAUGGACCAAGUCAGUUUAUCCAGAUAAAAUGAAGGAAGUAACUGCUUACAGCUUUGAACUAAAUGUUUGCUCGAAAGAACUUAAAAAAAUCAAGGGAGGACCGUUAUUGAAGAAAAUUCUAGAUGAUUCUAAAGCAAAAGUUGAAGGGAAAACUAAAAUGAAGAUGUACAAUUAUGCAGGACAUGACUCAACAGUGGCAAAUUUAAUGCAGGCGAUGAAUGUUUGGAAUGGAGAGGUCCCAGGUUUCAACUGCCUCAUCAUGAUCGAGCUUCACGAUCUAAAGACUUAUCAUGGACUUAAGGUUUUCUUGAAGAAGUCUAUCAACGAGGAGCCUCGAGAGUUGGUAAUUCCAGGUUGCGAAAGCCCAUGCCCGCUGGACAAGGCAUACCAAACAUUUGCACCAAUGCUGCCAAACAACUUGGACACGUUAUGCAAACCCAAAAAUCAAAAAUUUGUGCCAACAAAAGAUGCACAGCCUUAGAAAGCAUUAAAUGUAACAAAUGAUUCAUCAUUAAAUUACUUUACUUCAAAA